CCAAUAGUAUAAAAGCAUCGAUACCUCACAAAAUUGUAUAGUAUUCAACUAAAGCAUCAUGGGAAAAACAAUAAUUUUACUUUUGAUCGCUUGCAUGCUGAUUGGAACUUCGAUGUGUGCAAGUGCACCAUUAAUGGCCCUUGGUACUGACCUCAAAGGUGCCGGUUUACAAGGUGGUCCACCCGGUGGUGGUCGUGGCCCACCUGAUGGUCAGCGUGGUCCUCCUCCAUCUGGAAUGCCUCCUGGCGGUGGUCUUCCACCAACAACAGCUGCAUCUGGUUGAAUAUGAUUGUCUAAAG